UACAACCUAACAAUGCGCUGAAGGCGAUACAGUCACGGCAGACGGAUACACUAAAGUACAGUUCGGAGAUACAUGGACUGCAACACAAGCAAUUUCCUUGACCCAUUGAGACUCGAGCAACAGCCCGCUCAAAGAUAAUUUUCUUCAUUCGAUGAACCGACUAGCACCAUACUUCUUCCCCUUGAAGCGAACUUUAGCCCGUUACUUUCGCUGACCGGAGCUGUGCGUUCUGUUUGCAACCGCUCUUUGCUAAUUCCGGGCAACUUAUCAACCCCCUCCACAAGACGUUCGACCCGUCGAGCAGAUGUACGACCGAGCCCCGCGAGACACUAUCUUCGCCUCGGCGCUGGGUAGCACCGGGCCAGCCGUGGGCCCCGCUUCUUACAACACCCACCGCCGCAAGUUGCAAAGCGCCAAGGACGGAGAUGGAUAUGCUCCCUUUCUGUCUUUGACAAGCCGUGAAUCUGUGCUCAUUACUCCGGGAGCUCUUCUGGCUCCAGGUCCACAACACUAUGACAUUAAUCCUGUUCAGGAGCAUAUCAAAGGAGGGCAGAGCAUGAAGAACAGGGAGGCCCGUUUCAAAGAAGCUGGUGCAGACUUACCAGGACCUUGUUCCUACGAUGUGUACCCAAUGAACCUUGCUGAGAAAAUGACGAAAGCACUCAAGCCACACUGCACGGUGUUAGUAACGAGCCCUGCUGCUAGUGCACCAUCGAUUCCUGCACCAAGCCAGUCCUACGGCUACGAAGAGGCUGAAAAUGGUGCUCUGUCCAGACACCAACCUCCUUCUAGAGACACAUCGCUAGGCCCCGCCUACUACAACCCACAAUAUAUUGAGUCAUAUCCUACUCGCCAAUAUAAAGGAGUUCAUUUUGGAAACAGGACAUCUAAACGGAUUGAUUUUAAAAUCCCGCUGGGACCAGGACCAGGCUCCUAUGAUAUCCAGAAGGAGAGUACCCUUAAUUAUGAAAACAUUAACAUGAAGCAUAUUGAUCAAAAACGAGAGUCUAAUGUGCCCCGAUAUAUUGACGCAGUUGUACAAGAUGAGGAAAAGAAGGGCUUUCCUGGACCUGCAAAAUAUGAAAUAAAAGGGCAGUUUAGCGAAAAGACAAGUCUGCUGAAUAAAUACAUUCCACUACACCCUCCAUUCUUGUCUCAGACCAAGAGGUUUCUAUCAGAGAAGUCGAUCACCCCAGCUCCUGGAUCAUAUGAUGAUCCACGUACAGCUCUACAGACCCUGAAGAGGAUCUCGACAAAGGGUAACAGCCCUUUUGGUCACAAUGCAGUAAGGUUCGCAGAGGGUCUACGGACAGUCAGUGAACCAGGUCCAGGAACCUACAAUAUCACUAACCACACCCUUGCUCAGGAAAGCCAGAAGAAAGCUGCUUUAGAGAUUUCAGUGAGAGGAGGAUUUGGAUCUACAGUUCCUCGUUUGCAUCCCAUUGAAACAAAACAAGCUGCUCCAGGACCAGCUGAUUAUAAGAUUCGGGAAAUAAAGAACAACUACAUGAAACAUAGAAGCCCAUCCUUUGCUUCGUUGACAGAAAGGAUGCCUGCUUCAGGAGUUCAGGAUUAUCCAGCACCAGGCUCCUAUGAAGUGCAAAAAGCAUUUGAGAAAACUCAAGCCAGGGGUCCGAGCACUUCAGAUGAAUUCACUUGCAACUCAUUCCUCACGACUGUGCCAAGGAACUUCAAUCUAGCUCGACAGACUGCAGACGAGCCGGGACCUGGUGCAUAUAAGCCUGUUCUCAGGUCAACACCCAAGAUGGGUCUAAUGGUAUCCAGACAGCCCCGCUUUAAAGAGAUCAAUGUUUCCACCCCAGGUCCUGGAGACUAUGAGCUUAGCCCAGCCAUUAUGGAUACUCUUCUAAAGGGAACCUUCAAUUCCACCUUAUAUAAUCCACUCCUGAGUCCUCCACCAACGCCUAAACAUCCAGACCCCCCUCUGUUCCAGAACCUGUGACCCUGAGCUGACCUUCGAACUACACCAGGUAGGAAAGAGGAAAAGGAAUGGGGAUCUCGAAGAACACUACCGACUCUUCAUCACUCUCAAAAAACUCUUAAUUCACAUGCAAGAAGUUCUUCAUAAAGAAGCAACCCUCUCACAUAAGCUUUCAGCAUUGAAAAAUUUCAGAUAUUGGAUGUACAUUAAUUGACAUCGUUAAGUCAGAUCUAUGGUAUGGAUGUCAUCAGGACAAUUUAGUAAUAAUAAUUGAUCCCACUAUGAAUGUCCAGGGCUGCAAUGAAUAAAAUAAAACUUCCCUUCAUUUUUUGGCCUUUCCUUCUCCACUCGCUCAUCAUGUGAUAGUUUUUUAAUCUUCCUUUCUCAGUGCCUCUCUCUUUUUCAUGCAGAAUUCCUGACACUCGCUGUCUUUUGGACCUGGAAGUGCCUGUCAUUCUUUUCUCACACUUUCUUCUGCACCGAGUAGUGCUGGCUUAUAUCUCAAUCGAUCCACAGGACACUUCCACUUUCCAGCUCAUUUCUGAUAUGAUAUUUGACCUUUCUUUCAGUCUCCAAAUCAACAAGGUCUUCAUACGCCUGCAAUUCUGGCCUCUUGUGCAUAUCCACAUCGUGCCUUCACACCCCUGCCUUCAGUUUCACCUUCAACUCUUAGUUUAGGAGUUUUCUCCCUAAUCUGCUCUGUCUACUAAAGCCCUUCUGUAAUGGCUGCUUUAAGCUCUAUGUCACCUGUCCUUAUGUGGUUCAGUGCUUGAUAAUGUUUCUGUGAGGUGCCUUGGAAUGUUUUAUUACUGUAAAAACACUAUAUAAAUGCAAAUUCUGUUGUUAAUUACACUACUGAGAAGUGUUUUGUGAAGCUUCAUUACAUUAAGAGUGCUAUCUCAUCCUCACACAGACAUAUUGCCCUGAACAAGUUCAUGACCCUGUGAUAGGAAAAGAGAUUGCAGCAUCUCACCCUUUGGGUAUCAAAUUAAUUUUCUUAAUCUUUGCUAAGAGUCCCAGGAGUACAAACACACUUGAUUCAAGCAAUAGAUCAGAGGUUUAGUCUCAUCUUCAUGUCAAUACACUAUCUUCCAAUCCUAUAUUGAAGGUUGCCUUAACUUCUACCACACCCAACAUUGCGGUGAAGUGACCAGGUUAAAUAUCUUGAGGUGUCUGAUAUUAGAUUUGGUGAUAUGAGUUCAAAUCCCACUUUAGGUUCUGGGAUCCUUAAGUUUUGCUGAACUAAUCUGAAAUUAGAAAGCUAUUAUGGGCAAUUAUGAUAUUUGAAACCACCAGAUUGUUUUAAAUAGUCUGAUUAAUUUGAGGACAUUAAGGAAUGAAAUUUGUGACAUGAGUGAUGACCCCAUCCAGGAUUUGACUGGUACCUCAACCACCACUGAGCAUUCAAUCUCUCUGUCACAGUGGCUGCACUGUGUCCUAUGAAAUGCACUGUAGCUUCUCAACCUGUGCUUACCAUAUCUGUGACCUUUACUGUGAUCCUGCUUGUCACCCUCCAGCAGCCGUCUCUGCCCCUCAACCUCCACUCACACCACCUUUAUGAAUCAGACUCUCAUUUUUUUCUUUGCCUACCUCUAUUCACCUGCCUGUUUCCCAACUUCAACUUCACGGCCCCCCCCCACCUUCCCAUUUUCUUUCACCCCCCCUCAGUCUACCAAUCAUCUUGGGCUCCUGUCAUACCACUCCCCCUCUCCCCUCUACAUUGGCCAUCUUCCCUUCUCCAUUCUCAGUCCUGUUGCAGAGUUUCAACCUGAAAUGUCAGCAAUUCCUUCAUCGCUUCCUCCCACAUACUGCACAAUUGCUGCUUGACCUAUUGAGUUCCUCUAGGAUAUUGUUUGUUGCUGCAGUUCCCAGCAUCUACAGACUCUGCCAACAAGAAGAAUAAGGGCAACAGAUGGAUGGAAACCCCUCUUCUUCACCCACCAUCUUGAAUUGGGACUCAAACAUUCGUCCUCAAAUUCUAGUGGGUAUUAAUCCUAGAGCUUGUUCCCCAACGGCACGCUAAGAGCAUCUUCACCAGGAGGACUGGUUCAAGACGACAUCCUACCACCACCUUCUCAAAAGCAGUCACGGUGGACCAAAAAUGAUGCCAGUCCCACCUCAAAAUCUAUCAACUACAAGCGUGAUUGGGAUAGGCACUAUAUGCUAACCCAUAUCCAAAAUAGAAAACUGACAUUUUUUUUUCACACAAAUGUCAGAAGAUCCAAAUAGCAGCUUGAGCAGAAUAAUCCAAGUUGAGGUAUCAAAGGACUUUCCAGGGUUGAUCCAUGAAGUAAGGCACAAGAGGUGAUGUUCUCCCUUGGAUCAAGUACAGCAGAUGGAUGAAAACCUCCACCUUCAGGUUCCCCUCAGAUUCAUUCAUCUUGAAUUGUGUGUGAGACAAGACCAGAGACUGUUAAUGUACAAUUGUUCACUAACAAACCGAAUACAAGCUCAGGAGGUACUCUUGAUGCUGAGAAGGGAGAGAAAUCGGGAGCUCAAAACCACAGGGAGGUAGCAGGAGGAAUGGAUUUUAAGGGAAGCUGGAUGAAUGCACCAGUGGGGAGAGAAUGAAAGGAGGAGUGGGAGGAAGUUUGAUUAAAUCAGAUACACUGGCAAAGUUCAUUUGCUUCAAAUAUUGUGUUGUACAUGUGGUUUGCUAUUUAAUAUAUUUCCCAAGGCUGUUAAAAAAAGAUGAAGUAAUCUAUGUUAAUACGUGCCUGAAUAUGAAUCAGCAAUUAUUUUGCAAAUGUAGUCAGGCCCUGAAAGAGUUAGGCAUCCUUGCAACUCAUCCCUGUCUUCGUAUUCCAAUGUAAUUAGAUGUGAGUGGGAGGAGGAGAAGGGAGCUAGCUGAGAGAACAGGUUAAAUGCUGUAUUUAAACACCAACCAGUUAAAAUUCAAAUUGAUGGCAUCCUGAAGUCUUUACACUUUAACAGUGGAAGUGGGAUCAAAGAGGACGCUAAUCUUCCAUCAGUAAAUUGAUAUGAUAUGUUUGUUUACUGAGCUCGUGGUGAAAUUGCAUUUUCUGGUCUGUAGCAUUUCGUUUGGUUCGUUGGCCGUUUGUUAAAUAAAUGGCCCAUGUGCUGUUUUGCGUCACUUCCUCUUCACUUGACACAUUGAUUCAUUGCUCAAUCAAUAAACCCGAGAAGGGAUAAAAGCCUGGAUCACUUCUCAUUAUUUUUACAAAGUUAGCCCAUUCGUUUUUGUGUUGCACAGAUAAAGAGUCCCUGGGUGUUCCAAAGCUGCCAAUCCAAAAGGAUUAAGGUAACCCUCUCCACUUUAAAAACCAUAUAUUUUGUGAGGAAAACAAUGGUAACAAAUGGUAAUUGGAGAUAGCAGUGCACAGACCAAGAUAUAUCUCUCAAACAACAUCACUGAAUCCAUAACUAUUGUGGGAUCUCACUGUGGUCAAGUUUUCAGCUCCAUUUCCCUCAUUCUAGCGUAGCUUUACUGGCUAAAAAAUGCCUUGAGAUCAUAUUCUAGCUGGGCUUUACUAGCUGUAAAAUGCUUUGAGACAUUCUUAUUUUGCCAAAGGCAAUGCAGAAAGAAAGGUAAGGUCUUUCUUUAAUUUACAAUGCACUGCAGUCUCUUGUAAUGCCAUGUGGAAACUUAAGCUGCUCACAUUAUCAGAAUUAAUACCAGAGAAGAGUGAGGUAAUGUAUUUGGAAAGGGCAAACAAGACAAAGGGAUACCAAAUAAAUAGUAGCUUGUUCAGAAGCAUUGGAAAACAUUGAGGAAAAUAUGCACAGUUCCCCUGGACGUCAGGUGGAUGGGAAAGUUCCCUUAUUAGCCAAGGUGUAGAAUACAAAAAAGCAGCUAGAUCAUAGUUGCUGUACCAUUUACAGUUCUGGUCUCCACACUACAGGGAGAAUGCAAAAGAACUAGAGCAGGUUCAAAGGAGAUAUAUAAAAUUUAGUUAUUAGAAAAGGUGAGGUUCUUUAGGAAAGAGAAGGUCUAGAUGCUAUAAAAUUACAAAAGGUCAGCACAAGGUGAAAGGAAGCACUUAUUCAAUUUUGGUCCAUCACUGAGCUACAGAGAUUUAAGACGUGGAAAGAUCCAUGUGGGGAUGUAGAUCAUGUUUUCAUCCAAGUAUGGUGGAGACCUGAAACUCAUUGUCAAAAACUUAUCACAAGGACUUGGUUCAACAUUUGGUGUUGUAACCCACAAGAAUAUGGACAGGGAACUGGGAUAUGACAUUUUCUCUGUGCAUGUUUCAUUUGACAUUGAUCCAAUGUGUGAAAUUGUCUCCUCCCAGGCCCUACAGUUGCCAAACUCUGAUGUUUUUGCAUGCUGCAUAGUCAUUGGGUCAUACAGCACAAAGAUACAUUUUCAGCCACAGUGAAAAACAUUUAGCAUCACUGAGUCAUAGAACACCACAGCACAAAAGCAGAUCCUUCAGCCCAUUUAAUCUGUGCCAAAUUGUGACUCUGCCUAACACCAUCAGCCCUCACCUGGACCAUAGCCCUCCAUACCCCUCCCAUCCAUGUACUUACCCAAGUUUCUCUUAAAUGCUGAAAUUAAACCCAUGGACUGGUGCAGAGCCAACAGCCUGUCUCUGAAUGUGAACAAAACAAAAGAGAUGGUUGUUGACUUCAGGAGGGCAUGGAGUGACCACUCUCCACUGAACAUCAAUGACUCCUCGGUAGAGGUCAUUAAGAGCACCAAAUUUUUUGGUGUUCACCUGACGGAGAAUCUCACCUGGUCCCUCAACACCAGUUCCAUAGCAAAGAAAGCCCAGCAGCGUCUCUACUUUCUGCGAAGGCUGAGGAAAGUCCAUCUCCCACCACCCCCCCCAUCCUCACCACAUUCUACAGAGGUUGCAUUGAGAGCAUCCUGAGCAGCUGCAACACUGCCUUGUUCGGAAGUUGCAACGCCUCAGAUCGCAAGACCCUGCAGCAGAUAGUGAGGUCAGCUGAGAAGAUCAUCGGGGUCUCUCUUGCCGCCUUCAUGGACAUUUACACUACACGCUGCAACUGCAAAGCAAACAGCAUUAUGAAGGACCCCACGCACCCCUCAUACAAACUCUUCUCCCUCUUGCCAUCUGGGAAAAGGCACCGAAGCAUUUGGGCUCUCACGACCAGACUGUGUAACAGUUUCUUCCCCCAAGCUAUCAGACUCCUCAAUACCCAGAGCCUGGACUGACACCAACUUACUGCCCUCUACUGUGCCUAUUGUCUUGCUUAUUAUUUAUUGUAAUGCCUGCACUGUUUUGUGCACUUCAUACAGUCCUGGGUAGAUCUGUAGUCUAGUGUUUUUUUUUCUGUGUUGUUUUUACAUAGUUCAGUGUAGUUUUUAUACUGUUUCAUGUAGCACCAUGGUCCUGAAAAACAUUGUCUCGUUUUUACUGUGUACUGUACCAGCGGUUAUGGUCGAAAUGACAAUAAAAAGUGACUUGACAUCCA